CAAUGGACUUCAGAUCUCUAGACCGUAUGGGCAAAUCAGAUGAAUCCAUCUUAGACGAGCCAUACCGACCGUUCUACUACUUCUUCGCGUCCAAGCCUGUCCUUGUGAAGCAAGGAAACGAGUACGAUCGAAAAGUGUUCCGAGAGAGGCCUUUACUGGGCGUGUUACUAUUCGACAACGUCUCAUCGGACGCCAGAGACCACGCUGCGAAUGAGCGAACAUUUCUUGCAUGGCUGAAACUGAGCGUGUCCAUGGCUAUCGUGUCCGUCGCAAUCAUCCUAUCCUUCCACUUAAAGUCAAAGCCCUCUACUCUGGAAAAGCGAUUUGCACUACCUCUGGGCAUAAUUUUUUGGCUGUCGUCUGUAGCGUGCUUGUUGUCUGGAUUGAUAAAUUAUAUCAACACAGUGUCAUUAUACAGUCAACGACAGGCAUUGGUGCAGACGGGCUGGAAGACGCAAACCGUAUUUACCAUAGUCUCCACUUCCAUUGUUGCAACCUGUGUGUUGUUUCUUUCCACAAACGCGGAGAAAUAG